UUGGCACCCUCAAGUGUUUACCAUACUCUUUAUCGUCUUAGUACAUCUAAAUCUCUUUACCGUGUGACAAACACUUGACACUCUGGGCGUCACAUUGUGCCCAACCUUUCCAUCCCAUUCGUCAUUUAUAGAUUUCAACACAAUGGGAAAGUCAGAAGAGGAAUCGAAACAGGCUCCUCGCCCAACCCUUAUUAGGCCGCCGCCCGAGGACUUGAGCAAGGCGCCUAUCGAGAACACUUUGGAGGUCAUAGAACUGGCCGUGAUCGGACCUAAUAUCUUCACCAAUGCGCGCCAACCAUGGCAUCCCCCCGGUGCCCGCGGCAUCUACGGUGGCGCCGUGAUCGCCAUGUGUCUCGCAGCCGGCCAAAAGACCGUCCCAUCUGACUUCCUUGUCCAUUCCAUGCACUGCUACUUCCUACUCGCUGGCUCCGCCGAACUGCCCAUCCUCUUCCACGUCGAGCUCGUCCGAGACGGCCGCUCCUUCGCCACGCGAACCGUUCAAGCGCGCCAAAAGGACCGCUGCAUCUUCACCACCACCAUCUCCUUCGUCCGGGAGGGUUCUAGCGGGCCGCGGGGCAGUCAGGUCUCGCACGCCUCGUCCAUGCCCAUCGACGAGAAGACGGGCAGGCCGUGCCAACCGCCUCCGGAGGACUAUGACGGCGAGCCGGAGCUCGUCCGCUCCGGGCCCAAUCCUUUCCAGAGCGCGCGGAUCGAGGUCACCAACGCCGACAGCCCCCGUCCGCAGGACAAGAAGACGCGGCAGUGGUACCGGGCAAAGGGCAAGAUUAGCGCCGAGGGAGGGCAACAGGCGCACCUGACCGCCCUGGCGUACGUGAGCGACUCGUACUUCAUCGGCACCAUCGGCCGUAUCCACAAGCUGUGGCGGUUCCCCUUCCACCCGGAGGACUUUGACCAGCUACCCGAGGACGUGCAGGAGCGGGUGCGCGCGCUGCACGAGUGGGAGGGCUUGGGAGACCCUAAAGACAUGGUGGGCCGGCCCGAGAUCGGGAUGAUGGUCAGUCUGGAUCAUUCCAUCUACUUCCACGAGCCGGCCAAGGUCAGGGCGGACGAGUGGAUGCUGAGCGAGAUGGAGAGUCCGUGGGCGGGUGAUGGGAGGGGUGUGGUGACGCAGAGGAUCUAUAACAAGGAUGGCAUGUUGCUGGCUACGUGUGUGCAGGAAGGGUUGGUGAGGUUGGAGAAGAAUCCUGGCAAGACUGACUCCAAGCUCUAGGAGUGCGGUGUGAUCUGUGUGGAUUCGAGUUAUUGAAGACAGCGAUGCAUUUUCCAUGAUAGACAUUGAAUGACAUAA